AUGGCCCAAACACUGUGUGAGGACUCUGCUAUGGAUCAGUGUGAGGACGGAGAGGAGGGAGUCCCUGCACACUGCAGGAAGUCCAUCGAGGAUGUCCGGUUGUUGUGUGAACCUCCUGAGCUCAGAAAUGUGCAGCAGUCUGCAGUUCCAAGGAUCCAUAAGCAGAGACCGGACUCUCCUGAACCCAGCUGUGUGUCCAUGAAGAGUGACCGGUCUAUGUUUAUACCUAAUGACUUCAGAGAUGGACACCAUUCAGCCAAGCAAAGGAUCCAUAAGCAGAGACCGGACUCUCCUGAACCCAGCUGUGUGUCCAUGAAGAGUGACCGGUCUAUGUUUAAACCUAUUGACUUCAGAGAUGGACACCACUCAGCUGAGCAAAGGAUCCAUAAGCAGAGACCAGACUCUCCUGAACCCAGCUGUGUUUCCAUGAAGAGUGACCGGUCUAUGUUUAAACCUAUUGACUUCAGAGAUGGACCCUACUCAGCUGAGCAAAGCCUGAUUGAAUAUCUCUUAAAGAACCAGUACCUCCAUACAGCAGUGCAGAUGGGUGGGAUUCCUCAAGUACCUGGGUUCCUUGAACAUACAGGUGUAGUCACCAGCUGGUCCACGAAGCACUUGAACAACUGCUGCUUGGGAAUAGCCAACACCCAUGCUUGCUCCUUGUGUUCUGGGGCUGGGUCUUUGGAGGACAUUCUCAGCUGUUGCCCAAAAGCCCUCAGAGAGGGCCAUGACCAGCUGCUGAAGACAGGAGCUGUGCCCAUCUGCUCAGCCAUCGCCCUCUCCAAACAUCAGAAACCAGCAACACAGACCAUCCACUUCAUUAAAGCUGUAGAGACAUCAGGACGACACCAGAGGGCACUGACAGGUCUCCUGGCAAUGGCCCACGAUUGGCAGUUGAUGGUGGACCUGGGCGAACAGCUCCAGUUCCCAGAAUUCAUUACAACAGUCAAUCUGAGACCAGAUAUAGUCCUCCUUUCAGAAACAACAAGACAGGUUGUCAUGCUUGAGCUAGCAGUACCAUGUAGCAGUACCUCUGUCAAUAACACACAUAAAUCCUCUGACAAUAUUCUGUUCCAGCUGCUGGAGGAGAACAUUGUCAGUUUUGUAAAGAACGAGCUGAAGAAGAUCCAGAGAGUCCUGAGUCCAGAUUUCCCAGAAUGCUUAGAGAGUCAGAGGGAGGAUGAGGAGGUGUUGGACGGUGAGGAUGAAGAGCAGAGGUGGAGCAGCAGAGAGGCAUUUCUGAAGAUCACACUGAUCUUCCUCAGGAGAAUGAAGCAGGAAGAGCUGGCUGACUGUCUGCAUAACAGAACUGUUGCAGUGUGCCGUCGUAACCUUCAGUCUAACCACCAGAAGAAGUUCCAGUGUGUGUUUGAGGGGAUCUCUAAAGCAGGAAACCCAACCCUUCUGAAUCAGAUCUACACAGAGCUCUACAUCACAGAGGGAGGGACUGCAGAGGUCAAUGUUGAACAUGAGGUCAGACAGAUUGAAACAGCGUCCAGGAAACAAGAUAGACCAGAAACAACAAUCAGACAAGAAGACAUCUUUAAAGCCUCACCUGGAAGAGAUGAACCAAUCAGAACAGUGCUGACAAAGGGAGUGGCUGGCAUUGGGAAAACAGUCUUAACACAGAAGUUCACUCUGGACUGGGCUGAAGACAAAACCAACCAGGACAUCCACUUCAUAUUUCCAUUCACUUUCAGAGAGCUGAAUGGGCUGAAAGAGAGAAAGUUCAGCUUGGUGGAACUUGUUGAUCACUUCUUUCCUGAUAUCAAAGAAGCAAGCAUCUUCAGGUUUAAAGAGUUCCACAUUCUGUUCAUCUUUGACGGUCUGGAUGAGUGUCGACUUCCUCUGGACUUCCACAACACUAAGAUCCUGACUGAUGUCACAGUGUCCACCUCAGUGGAUGUGCUGCUGACAAACCUCAUCAGGGGGAAUCUGCUUCCCUCUGCUCGCCUCUGGAUAACCACACGACCUGCAGCAGCCAAUCAGAUCCCUCCUGGCUAUGUUGACAUGGUGACAGAGGUCAGAGGGUUCACUGACCCUCAGAAGGAGGAGUACUUCAGGAAGAGAUUCAGAGAAGAGGAGCAGGCCAGCAGAAUCAUUUCUCACAUCAAGACAACACGAAGCCUCCACAUCAUGUGCCACAUCCCAGUCUUCUGCUGGAUCUCUGCUACAGUUCUGGAUCUGAUGGAAACCAAAGAGGGAGGAGAGCUGCCCAAGACCCUGACUGAGAUGUACAUCCACUUCCUGGUGGUUCAGUCCAAAGUGAAGAACAUCAAGUACGAUGGAGGAGCUGAGACAGAUCCACAGUGGAGUAAAAGGAACAGGAAGAUGAUUAAGUCUCUGGGAAAACUGGCUUUUGAUCAGCUGCAGAAAGGAAACCUGAUCUUCUAUGACUCAGACCUGACAGAUUGUGCCAUCGAUAUCACAGCAGCCUCAGUGUACUCAGGAGUGUUCACACAGGUCUUUAGAGAGGAGAGAGGACUGUACCAGGACAGGGUGUUCUGCUUCGUCCAUCUGAGUGUUCAGGAGUUUCUGGCUGCUCUUCAUGUCCAUCUGACCUUCAUCAAGUCUGGAGUCAAUCUGAUGGCAGAAGAACAAACUACUGCCCGACAGCCAAAAGUCUUCAGAGAGAAGCCUAAACUAAAACAUUUCUACCAGAGUGCUGUGGACAAGGCCUUACAGAGUCCAAAUGGACACCUGGACUUGUUCCUCCGCUUCCUCCUGGGUCUUUCUCUGGAGACCAAUCAAAGACUCCUACGAGGCCUGCUGACACAGACAGGAAGUAGCUCACAGACCAAUCAGAAAACAGUCCAGUACAUCAAGAAGAAGAUCAGUGAGGAUCUGUCUGCAGAGAGAAGCAUCAACCUGUUCCACUGUCUGAAUGAACUGAAUGAUCAUUCUCUAGUGGAGGAAAUCCAACAGUCCCUGAGAUCAGGAAGUCUCUCCACAGAUAAACUGUCUCCUGCUCAGUGGUCAGCUCUGGUCUUCAUCUUACUGUCAUCGGAAACAGAUCUGGACGUGUUUGACCUGAAGAAAUACUCUGCUUCAGAGGAGGCUCUUCUGAGUCUGCUGCCAGUGGUCAAAGCCUCCAACAAAGCUCUGUUGAGUGGCUGUAACCUCUCAGAGAGAAGCUGUGAAGCUCUGUCCUCAGUCCUCAGCUCCCAGUCCUCUAGUCUGAGAGACCUGGACCUGAGUAACAACGACCUGGAGGAUUCAGGAGUGGAGCAGCUGUAUGUUGGACUGAAGAGUCCAAACUGUACACUUGAAACUCUCAGUCUAUCAGGCUGUCUGAUCUCAGAGGAAGGCUGUUCUUCUCUGGCCUCAGCUCUGAGCUCCAACCCCUCCCAUCUGAGAGAACUGGACCUGAGCUACAAUCAUCCAGGAGACUCAGGAGUGAACCAGCUGUCUGCUCUACGAGAGGAUCCACAUUACAGACUGGAGACUCUCAGGGUGGACCAUGGUGGAGAGCAGUGGUUAACACCUGGUCUGAGGAAGUAUUUCUGUCAACUCACACUGGACACAAACACAGCACACAGAGAGCUCAAACUGUCUGAGAACAACAAGAAGGUGACACGUGUUAGAGAGGAUCAGUCAUAUCCUGGUCACCCAGAGAGAUUUGACUCCUUUAGUCAGCUGCUGUGUAGAGAUGGUCUGACUGGUCGCUGUUACUGGGAGGUCGAGUGGAGAGGAGGAGUUAAUGUAGCAGUGAGUUACAGAGGAAUCAGCAGGGAAGGAAACAGUAAGGACUGUUGGUUUGGAGGGAAUGACCAGUCCUGGAGUCUGACCUGCUCUGAUGUUGGUUACUCUGUCAGGCACAAUAACAUUAGAACAGUCCUCUCCUCCUCCUCCUCCUCCUCCUCCUCCUGGUCUGGUAGAGUAGCAGUGUAUGUGGACUGUCCUGCUGGCUCUCUGUCUUUCUACAGAGUCUCCUCUGACUCACUGAUCCACCUCCACACCUUCAACACCACAUUCACUCAACCUCUUUAUCCUGGGUUCUGGUUUAGGUUCUAUGACUCCUCAGUGUCUCUGUGUCCUCUGUAA